AUGUCUCGCCCUGCACACAAAAAGCCAGAGUAUCACAAAAUAAACAAAGACCUUUUUGUACUCACAUAUGGAGCUCUGGUUGCCCAGCUGUGCAAGGAUUAUGAAAAAGAUGAAGAUGUGAACAAAUACUUAGAUAAAAUGGGCUACGGAAUUGGAACACGGCUGGUGGAAGAUUUUUUGGCUCGAUCCUGUGUGAGAAGAUGCCAUAGUUAUUCAGAAAUCAUAGACAUAAUUGCCCAGGUUGCCUUCAAGAUGUACUUGGGAAUCACGCCGAGUGUGGACUGUCACAAUUCAAGCAGAAAUGAGUUCUCCCUGAUUCUGGACAAGAAUCCUCUGGCAGAGUUCGUAGAGGAGCUCCCUGCUGGACGGUCUGCGCUUUGCUACUGCAACUUACUCUGUGGGGUCAUCAGAGGAGCCCUGGAGAUGGUUCAUUUGGCUGCUGAUGUUACAUUCUUGCAAGACAGACUAAAAGGCGACAGUGUGACAGAAAUUGGAAUAACAUUUCUAAAAAAGCUGGACGAGAAAAAAUAUAGACGGAAAAAAUGAAGACUGGCAACCACAGUGCCAUGGGUGGCUAGCUGAACAGCGAGUAUUAACCAAGCGCACAGCCACGGAAGUCUUGCAUUGCCUGAUGGCAUGGGCUUUGACAGGCUUAUGAAUCUUAAUGUGCAUCACACAUUUUCAGGAUUUCAGAUACAACUAGCUCCUUAUAAAACAGCAAGCAUGAAUUCCACAUAUUACUCAAUCCAGCCUCAGCCAGUCUCUUUAUCCAAUUACCUGUGGCAAUAAGAAAAAAUGGAUGAAAUGAUACAGAAAUUAGAGAGAGACAAACUUAGCCAGGUGGUGGUGGCACAGGCCUUUAAUCCCAGCACUCAGGAAGCAGAGGCAGGUGGAUCUCUGUGAGUUCAAGGCCAGCCUGGUCUACAGAGCGAGUUCUAGUACAGCCAGGACUUCACACAGAGAAACCAUCUUGAAAAACCAAAAAGAAAAGAAAAGAAAAAAUUAUAUACAUGUAUUUGCAACAUUCAUCUUAGUUUUUAUAAGUGAUGAAUAUGAUUUUUCUCAUAUAUUGUCUUGGCUUAUGGCUUCAUCCACUAUGUAUAACCACCGAGGCCAGCCAUUUAUCUGGAUGCCAGCUCGUAAAGCGUUUAAAACCUUACUUAGUUUUAAUUCAUUUAGCACUCAAUUUUACUUCCUCUAGUUUGGAAAUAGCUAGUAUUGACCAAAUCUCAUCAGUGUCUCAUGGUAGAACCCAUGGAGACCUACUCUGAAAGCCCUGCACUUGAACUGACACUCUCUAGCUCUCUUGAGUACUCGCUGGGCCCUGGAGCUGGCCCCUACUUGCCUGUGCCUUCUCUCCUGCUCGGCCAACCUAGCCAUCAAACCUACCACCCUGAUGACAGCUUUACCUGUUAUUCUCAGUGAUGCCGCAUCUAGAGCUGGUGGUGGCACCAAAGGAAGUAUCACUUUUUAACUUUUGAUUCAUCAGCCUAGAGAGAGGAGUAUCUCGGCACUGAACGCAUGCUAUCAAAGGUGACCCGUGUAUCUACAGAAUGGCUCUCUUGUGUUCACUGUUUCAUCCUGAAGACUGUGAGAGGCUUGAUCUUCCUUUUCUUCUUCUUCUUCUUCUUCUUCUUCUUCUUCUUCUUCUUCUUCUUCUUCUUCUUCUUCUUCUUCUUCUUCUUCUUCUUCCUCCUCCUCCUCCUCCUCCUCCUCCUCCUCCUCCUCCUCCUCCUCCUCCUCUUCCUCCUUAAUGAGAUGUCAUGUCACCCAGUCUGACACUACAGUCCUCAUCCUCCCAUCUUGACUUCCCAAGUGCUGGGAUUUCAAGCAUCAUGCUCCAGCUAAUUUAAAAACUUCCAGGACCCACAUUAAAUAAGUAUAAAGAAACUAAUGACAAUCAUUUUAAUAAUGAAUUUCAUUUAUAUCUAUUAUCCCAGAUUAUAAGUUUUAGCAUGGGCAUUUUAUACUCCUUUCUGAAAUAGUCUUUAAAAAUCUACUUUAUUUAGCACAUAUCAAUUCAAUGAGUUUAAACUGAGUUUAAAUAACUCAGCAGAAUUUAAAGUAAAAUUUAGUCCUUCCAAAAUAAUAAAUUUGAAAUUAGUAGCGUUUAAUAGUGUUGGUUUUUAAAAUCUGAAUCCGUUCAACCAAAUAGAAACAAAUGCCACAGUAGUCACCCAGCGAGUAUUUAGUGAUGAUGUGUGUCUUGCAGUUGCUGCCAUGGGCUGCACAAAUUCAAAGUUGAAGGUUCAGGUGGGUCUCCUUCCCCUGAUCUGGAAAGCCAGCAAAAAAUGACACAGGAAUCCAUGCCAAGUUGUCUUUGAUACCUGAGCGGUGGCCCAGAGAAGCAGUAAAGGAGGGUGGCGUCAGUGUCCCUGUUCUUAGAGUGGUUUUUCUGCGGUUGUGGGAAGUUCUAUCAUUUUGGCCAAGGGCUGCCGGAAGUCUUUUAGACAGCAAGAGGGUUUUUUGUUGUUGUUGUUGCUGUUGUUUUUCAGAGCUGAGGACCAAACCCAGGGCCUUGCGCUUGCUAGGCAAGCGCUCUACCACUGAGCUAAAUCCCCAACCCCCAGCUACAGGGUUUUAUUAUACUUCCAUUUCACAAAAUCCUUUAGCUUGGCCCCUGAACUUUGAUCCAAACAGAUUCUUAAUUGAAUGAAGAAAAAAAAAAAAAAAAGAGGAAAGGCCAUGGCUUCUCCUGGGUGUGGUGGAGGACAAAGUUUACUAUAGAUAUGUGGGAGAGCAUGAU